CUGUGCACCCAUGGGAAGAGCGCGCACCCUCUCGCCAACGAGAAAAGCGCAUGGGCCCCCGGGAAGAAAGUGAGAUGGUCGGCUACGAGGUUGAGGGAGAGUGGUCUGGGAAUCAAAUACCUCCUGUCCUUUGGAGACAUUUGAUGAUCGACACAAGAAAAUGCAAGUUGCGGUGAUCGGUGCUGGUGUGAUUGGUUUGUCAACAGCUCAAUGCAUCUUUGAACGUUUUCACUCUGUAGUCAAACCAUUGAAUAUUGUGGUUUACGCAGAUCAGUUUACACCACAUACUACAAGCGAUGGAGCUGCAGGAUUAUGGCAACCAUAUGUGCUCGAUCGAGAAAACCCAGAGGAAAUCAAAUGGAACAAGGAAACAUUUGAAUACCUUCUGAAGUUUGUGAAUUCACCUGAUGCCAAUGAGAUGGGCUUGUUUUUGCAGUCUGGAUACAACAUCUUCAAAGAACCACUGCCGGACCCAUCCUGGAAAGAUGCUGUUUUGGGGUUUAGACAUUUGACAGAAGAAGAACUUAAAUUGUUUCCUGGAUUUAGCUAUGGGUGGUUUAACACUGCACUAAUGUUGGAGGGAAAGAGCUACUUACCAUGGUUGAUGGAGAGGUUAAAAGAACACGGAGUCCGGUUUGUCCAAAAGAAAAUACAUUCCUUCCAGGAGUUAUCUCCAGAUUUUGAUGUGGUAGUGAAUUGUACGGGCAUUCGAGCACAAGAGCUGCAGCCAGACCCAGAACUGAUACCUGCUCGAGGACAGAUCAUAAAGGUUUAUGCACCAUGGAUAAAGCACUUCAUUAUUUCACAUGAUCAGAGGGCUGGAAUUUAUUCCAAACCAUAUAUUAUACCAGGAAGCAAAUUAGUAACUGUGGGAGGAAUCUUCCAACUUGGGAAUUGGAAUGAGGAGAAUGAUCCCAAAGACCACAACAUAGUGUGGGAAGGUGGAUGCAAACUUGUACCUAGUCUGAAGAAUGCCAAGAUUGUCGAAGACUGGACUGGACUUCGACCUACCCGCAACAGGAUUCGAAUAGAGCGACAAGUCUUUAAUACAGGGCCAAAGAAAUUUGAGGUGAUUCACAACUAUGGUCAUGGGGGUUAUGGUCUGACUAUUCACUGGGGCUGUGCCAUGGAAGUAGCAAGCAUCUUUGGAAGGAUCCUUCAAGAGAAGAAACCAAGCUGGAGAUCCCGGUUGUAAUGAUUCAAAGCCACACUUACCUGUCUGCCUUGCUGUCACUUCUGCUUUUUCAAAUGAUGAUGAUAAAUGGCCCCAAAACAAGUAGAAACUUCUCCUCGUUAAUCCAGAUUUUCAUGAAUUGGAAAGCCUCCCAAGAUAUUUGAAAAUGACAGACUGAUUCUGCCCCCAUUCUUGGCACUUCCAAAUUUCACUGGCACAGGAUAUUGUUGUGGGUAGUGAACCCAUACCCUGCAUUUUAUUUUUUUCUUAAUUAUUCACUCAUGCAACGUGGGCGUCACUAGCUGGCCAGUAGUAAUUGCCUGUCCCUAACUGUCCUUGAAUGGAGUGACUUGCUAGGCCAUUUCAGGGGGGAGUUGAGAGUCAAACACAUUGCUGUGGGAGAGGAGUCACAUGUACGCCAUACCAGGUGAUGAUAGUGGACUUCCUUCCCUGAAGGACAUUAGUGAGUCAGAUGGGUUUUUCAAUAAUUGGCAAUGGUUUCACAGUUAUCAGUAGAUCCUUAAUUCCAGCUAUCUGUUUCCCUAUUGAAUUCAAUUCCACCAUCUGCUGUGAUGCAAUUUAAACCCAGGUCCCUGGAACAUUAGCUGAGUUUCUGCAUUAAUAAUCUAAAGAUAAAACCACUAGGCCAUUGCACCCCUGUAUGAGGAUAGGCAUCUCCUAGCACAUGCAAUUUUCAUGGAAUUGGGCCAGGUUCUGGAGGAGGUGUCAAGAGCAAUAGACUGGAUUCAGGAAUCUUUUCAAAAGGUUUUACCUGUGCUACUUCUAUGCCUUCCAUUCUCCUCCAUUUCAAUUUAGUGCCAUCUCAUGUUGCCACACAACUUCCUGGCCCCUUACUGCCUCAGUGCCUAUUCCUGUUCUACCCAACCCCUUCAUGCAAACCCACCAUCUUUCUCUGCUCGUUUACCAAAUAUGCACUGUGGGCAGAACCAGUGAACCAUAUAGUAACAAUGUCAAGUGUAAGACUACUCAGAAAAAACCCCAUUCACAGUUGUUUAACAAAAAGAAACCCCUGUUCAUAAAACCAUUUAAAAGGUUCAAUGAGACAGAUUUUUAAAGUAUAAAAUGGAAAGGCUUUAGCACUUAAUACCCCCAAAUGUUAUGAAAAUAAACUUUAAAUCAUUAACAUAGUGCUUCCCAAGCUUUCUCCCACUGUGACCCCAUUUCAGCACUUGAAAAUUAUUGCUAAAUGUACACAUAAUUCAUGCCAGAUACUCGCUGGUGAACUUUGGAAAUUUGUAGUAGGGAAUCACUGUGUUAAUCGUUUUGUGGCCCAGUGCAGUGGUACAAAUUCACAUUAAUGUGAUUUUGUUCCUUACUUUUUUAAACGCUGAUUUUUUUUUCUUUCCAGUCUACAUUUCAGACAUGACAGGUGAUCCAGAGCACUGCUCUUUUUAAACUGUCUGGAUAUCCCAAUUUGUCUUGGUCUGACAUGGUAAAUUGUCCAGACAAAUGACAGGAGAAAAAAUUAGUAUCCUAAUUCUUUAAUCAUGUUAAUCAAUUUCUUUUAAAGAGAAAAAUCUGCAGCUUACACAUGAGCAUUAAUCAUAAGCUGAAUUAUCUCACCAGCUGCAGAACUUUUUACAUUUAAAUUGUUCUACUGUGAGUUUUAUUUGCAGUGUUUCAUAGUAUCAAGCUAUUUUUGUCUGCUUUUUGUCAUUUAUAGAAAUGAUUUGGAUGUGAAUACAGGAGGUGUGGUGAGUAAAUUUGCAGAUGACACCAAAAUUGGUGGUCUAGUGAACA